CUGGCUCUGAGCACAAAGCAACAUCUCAGAACAGUACCACUACUUCCCAGUCCCACUGUUUUCUCUUACUCCAUUGUUGCUCCUCCAACACUUGAUAGAUUCAUUCACACAAAACACAACCCCAACCUUAACUAAACUGCAUUGUCUUGUCUUCACUCUUUCCAGAUGAGUUUCUGAUGCAACCACAAAACAUGCAAGUGUUAGAGGAAAUGGGUUAGUACAGAGUUCGAGGCAUUCAAAUGGGGUCAAACUCAAAGAGUUAGCACAGUGAAAGUCAAAAAACCCAAAAGCUUUAUUCCUCUGUUUGGUUUCCAAGGUAAGAAGAAGAAGAACGAACGAAAAUGGGUUGCUGUCAUUCCAGCAUUGACAGGGAAGAAACGGUGUCGCAUUGCAAGGCCAGGAAGCGUUACAUGAAGCAGAUGGUGCAAGCAAGGCACGCUUUUGCUGCAGCUCAUGUCAUGUACAUUCGAUCUCUCCGUGCAACUGGCUCUGCUCUGUUUCAGUUUGCAAAUGCUGAAACUACCCUCCUCCGCCAUAACCACCAUCUCCCGCCGGAGCCUCAGCCCAUUCUCCCACCGCCUCCGCCGAGAGCUCCGACCCCGAUGCGACCUCCUCCGCCUCCGAUGAGUCCGAGUUCGUAUACAUGGACAUCUGGGACUGCUUCCCCUGCUCUUCCUCCCCCUCCGCCGCCGAUGGCUUCCUCCGGUUGGGAUUUCUGGGACCCGUUCAUGCAGCCUCCGCCUCCGCCUUCUUCGAGGUCGGCGACAGAGGAGGAGUGGGAGGCGACUACCACAACUGGCUCUGAGGUGGUGGCUAUGGGGAGAGGUGCGGCAGCGAAUAUGGUGGCUCCGGCGUCUGUGUCUGGAGGAGGGUUUUCCAAGGAGACCUCGAGUGAGCUUGCAGUGGUGGUGUCAAGGAACAACAAAGAUCUUGUUGAGGUUAUCAAAGAGCUUGAUGAUUACUUUCUCAAAGCUGCUGAUGCUGGUGCUCAGGUCUCAAUGCUCCUACAAGUUCCAACCUCUGGUUUUUCCGAUCACAGUAAAGGAGGUAAAGUGUAUGGCUAUGGAUGGAGCCUGAAUCCAUCUGUGUGGGCAUGGGGUUCUAGUCCUAAACUGAAUGGAUUUGGCAAACUGGCAGAGACUUCUAUUUCUGUUGGGAAUUUUGGGGCUAAUGGUGCUGGAAGUGGUGGCCACUGCUCCACUGUGGAGAGGCUCUAUGCAUGGGAGAAGAAAUUGUACCAAGAGGUUAAGAGUGCUAAGACUGCAAAGAUGGAGCAUGAGAAGAAGGUAGCAUUUUUAAGGAAGCUAGAGAUGAAAAGAGCUGACUAUGUGAAGACAGAGAAGACGAAGAAAGAAGUGGAGAAAUUAGAAUCACAAAUGAUGGUUGCUUCUCAGGCCAUCGAAAGCACAUCUGCUGAAAUUGUUAAAUUAAGGGAGAUAGAGCUCUACCCUCAACUCAUUGAGCUUGUGAAAGGAUUGAUGUGCAUGUGGAGAAGCAUGUAUGAGUGUCAUCAAGUCCAAAAACACAUAGUUCAACAGCUGGAAUACCUCAAUACCAUACCAUCAAAUAACCCCACUACUGAGAUUCACAGGCAGUCAACUCUUCAGCUGGAGCUUGAAGUACAGCAAUGGCACCAUUCCUUUUGCAACCUCUUCAAGGCCCACCGGGACUACAUCCAGUCUCUCACAGGCUGGCUAAGGCUCAGCCUUUUCCAGUUUAGCCGAAACCCUCUUAGCAAAACCUCAGAGGAGUCAAAGAUAUACUCUCUCUGCGAAGAAUGGCACCUUGCUGUUGAUCGUAUUCCGGACAAGGUGGCAUCUGAAGGAAUUAAAAGCUUGCUGACAGUUAUUCAUGCCAUUGUGGUUCAACAGACAGAGGAGCAUAAACAAAAGAAGAGAUCAGAUUAUGCAUUUAAAGAGUUUGAGAAGAAGGUGGUACAGCUUCGAUCCCUGGAGUGCAAGUAUGGUCCUUACUCCGUGCCGGAAACCAUAAGAAGAACCAAGGACCCUGUUGCUGAGAAACGUGCAAAGGUGGAAAGUUUGAGGGGAAAGGCAGAGGAAGAAAAGAGCAAAUAUGAGAAGUCAGUGAGUGUUACAAGGGCAAUGACACUGAAUAACCUUCAAAUGGGUUGCCCGCAUGUUUUUCAAGGGAUUGUGGGGUUUUCAAGUGUGUGCAUGGAGGUUUUUGAAUCUGUAUACAACAAAGCUAAAGCCACAGAACAGAACCAUGAUGUUAAGAGAAUAAUGCCAUAGAACUGACCUGGAUCUGUAUAGAUGAUCACCCUUGCCUAUUAUCUGUAGAUUAUAUUUACAACUAGGAAUACCAUGAACCAUGAUACUUGACAUCAUGCAACUCCACUGAUAUGGAGGAUGAGUGAAAAUUUGUUUUUUUUUUUCCUUUUUAGGGGGUAGGGGGUGUGAAACUCAGUUAAGUUUCGGUGUAGAAUCUAAUUCAACAAAGGAAGCACAAGCUGCCAACCUUGCAAGGCAUGGGCACUGGAAAGCAUUAGCCUGAAGUUUCACUUGGUUUCGUUAUGUUCCUGAUGAUAUAUUUACAUUUAGUUAAGAGAAUUGGAUAUUAAGAUGAGUGAAAUGUUUGUAAGGUUGUGUCUUUCAAGUUUUUAAUUUUGGCUCAAAAUCUAUUGUUCUUAUAAUUUUGAUUUAGGUGUGGUUAAGAUCAAAAGCUCUUCCCAAAA